AUGUCUUGGCAAGCGUACACGGAUAAUUUGUUGGCUACUGGAAAGGUCGACAAGGCUACCAUUUACUCUAGAGCAGGCGAUACUCUAUGGGCAUCGUCUGGUGGAUUGAAUUUGGCAGGUAAUGAAAUUGUUGAAAUAGCCCAAGGGUUUGAUAACGCAUCUCGCCUACAAUCUAACGGUUUGCACAUUCAAGGACAAAAGUUUAUGUUAUUGAGAGCCGAUGACAGAUCUAUCUAUGGUAGACAUGAGGCGGAAGGUGUAAUUGCCGUGAGAACAAAGCAGACUAUCCUAAUUGCACAUUAUCCCGCCGGUGUUCAAGCCGGUGAAGCGACUAAGAUUGUUGAACAAUUGGCCGACUAUUUAAUAAGCGUUCAAUACUAA